AUGGACCCCAGCUACCAAUGUGUAGGAGAUGAGGAAGAUCCAGCUCAGCCUUCCAGUCAUGUCUUUGAAUGGGCCCUGUCAGGGAACACAGCAGCCUUGGAGCACCUGGGCAGGCUGUACCCCAAACAGCUGUCCAUGCGGGAUGUGGGCGGGGCCAGCGCCAUGCACUACGCCACCGUGGGACGAUGUCAGCGUGCCAUGCAGCUCAUCGUCAAGGCAGCCGGGGCACAAGAGCUGGAUGCGCAGGAUGUUGAAGGCAGCACAUCGCUACACUGGGCUGUGGACCGGAACCUUCUAGAGAGCUGUGAGGCUCUGCUCAGCCUAGGGGCCAACCCCAACAUCCUCAACGCCACCCUCAUGUCGCCACUGCACCUGGCUGUCAGCCUGAAACACAACACCCUGCUAAGUGUGCUACUUUCUAACAAGAAUAUAGACAUCAACCUUCAGGGUAACCAUGGAAACACGGCUGUGAUGUUGGCUUGCUCUAUCGACAACUGUGAGGCACUAAGUAUACUGUUCAGGCACGGAGCGGUCAUGUGCCGGCAGAACAAGCUGGGACAUUUUGCCAUCCACGCGGCCGCCUUUGCUGGGUCUCAGAGGGCCAUGGAGGCGAUUCUGAAAAGAGGUGAGGAGAUGGGCCACACAGUGCAGGCGCACAUAAACUAUGCAGACAAGUCCUUCAGCAGCCCUCUUCACUUAGCUGUGCGUGGAGGAAACAUCGACGUCAUAAAUCUGUGUAUCGCUAAAGGAGCAAAAAUUGAUCAGCAGCAGAGUGACAAAUCUACAGCCCUCCACCUGGCCUGCACACAGGGGGCACUGGAGGUGGUCAAGCUCAUGUUGUCGGCGUACGACAGGGUUGAGGACAUUAUCAACAUCACUGACGGGGCACUGCACACACCCCUGCACAGGGCGACCAUUUUUGAUCACAUGGAGUUGGCAGAGUUCCUCAUUCUGAAGGGCGCAGAUAUCAACUGCAUUGACUGUAAAGGAAACUCCCCCUUGCUUCUGGCUACCAGCUGUCAAGCUUGGAGAACUGUGAAUGUUCUACUGUCACAUGGUGAGUUAAACAUAGAGAACUGUAGCCUCCUACAGUCACUGGGUGAGUGGAACAUAAAGGACCUUAACUGUCUGCUGUCACAUGAUGAAUGGAUCCUAGAGAACCUUAACCUCCUACUAUCACUUGGAGCAGAUCUGAAAAUUAAGGACAAUUCUGGCUGCAACUUCUUGCAUUUGGCUGUUUUGCAACCAAAAGGACUGAAAAAUCUUUCAGAAGAUAUUCUGCAGCUGGACGAUGUCAAGGCCCUGCUGAGUGAGGAGGAUCAAGAUGGCUGUACCCCCCUGCACUACGCUUGCAGACUCGGCAUCCUGGAUUCUGUCAAAAACAUGCUGGGUCUCAACGUCUCGCUGGGCCACAAGUCCAAAGAGAAGAAGUCCGCACUUCACUUUGCAGCCGAGUACGGACGGAUCAACACAUGCCAAAGGCUUCUGGAGAACAUGACUGACACAAAGCUGCUGAACGAGGGAGAUGAGAGCGGCAUGACACCCCUACACCUGGCUUCUCGUGGCGGACACUUCAAGGUCGUGCAGCUUCUGCUCAGGAAGGGGGCCUUGUUUCACAGCGAUUAUAAAGGUUGGACUUGCUUGCAUCAUGCUGCAGCAGAAGGAUACACGCAGACCAUGACUGUUCUCCUGGGCUCGAAUAUCAAGCUGCUGGACAGGGUGGAUGAGGAUGGGAGCACAGCCCUGCAUGUGGCCGCCAGGGGAGGCCAAGCCCAGGCGGUCAAGCUGCUGCUGAAUAUGGGGGCCCAGAUGACACUCAACAAGAGCGACGCUUCCUUCCUGCAUGAAGCAGUGCAUCAUGGGAGAAAGGAGGUGACCAAUGUCACGAUCGAGAGUGACAGAUGUGAAGAAGCCCUCACCACGUUUAAGCUGGACUCGACUAAAGGCUACCCUGUGAUUAGCCUGAUAGAGAACCUACCAGAGUCUUUCAAGUUCCUUCUAGACACAUGUGUCAAGGAAUCGGAAGACGACCCCAACAGUCACAAUUAUUCUAUCGAGUAUGAUUUCCAGUGGCUGCAAGCUCCAGUGAAAUUUGUAAAGCAAGACAAACAAAAUAAGGCCAGAGCAAUUCAGCCGCUUUGGGCCCUCAAUACGAUGGUGCACUUUAAUCGCAUAGAACUGCUCACUCAUCCCGUCUGCAAAAAAUAUUUGGAAAUGAAAUGGAAUGCUUAUGGCAUCAAAGCACAUCUACUCAACCUGUCUGUCUACUGCCUGGGUCUGCUGCCUCUGUCCUACCUCAUUGUGACCAUGAAGCCCACUUACCAAACAUCACCCACUGCCAAUGGAACCAACGUCACCAUGACCUUUAACUCGAACAAGUCUUUCUUUGCCACCAUCUGCAUGUUCCUGGUCCUGGCCAUGAACCUGUAUGUAGUCGGCAAGGAGGUGAUACAGAUAAGUCGGCAGCGUUGCAAAAUCAUCCAAGAGAUCUGCAAUGGCCUUGACUGGCAGUCCGCCAUCUUCUCCCUAGUCUUUGUGAUUGCUCUUCUUCUGAACAGCCAAGGGACAUUUCACUGGAGAGCAGGGGCUUGGGGAGUCCUCACAUCCUGGAUCAAUUUCCUGCUCUACUUGCAGAGAUUUGAACAUUUUGGGAUCUAUGUGGUGAUGUUCAGAGAGAUCAUGCGCACCUUCAUCAGCAUCAUCAUCCUCUUCUUUUUCCUGAUGCUCGCCUUCGCUCUUGCAUUUUAUGCCCUCAUGGUCGGACAGAAAUAUUUUAACAGGCUGGAGCUCUCCGUGAUGCAGACCUUCGUCAUGAUGGCAGGGGAGAUAAACUACCAGGACAACUUCCUGGAGCCAUACCUCAAGGGCAACCUGCCCUUCCCCUAUGAUUCCUACAUUCUCUUUGUCUGGUUUCUCCUCAUGAUGCCCAUCCUGCUCAUGAAUCUACUAGUAUGUACUAUUCUUUUGUCUGGUUUUUUCCUCAUGAUGUCCAUCCUGCUCAUGAAUCUCCUAGUAUGUACUAUUCUUUCGUCUGGUUUCUCCUCAUGA